GAUUGUCUCGUGGCGGCGAUGAGACCGACUGCGUGUGAGCGCGAGCCUUCCCCCACUCCAGUUCAAAGCGAGGACGGUCACCGGGACUGCUGCUGCUGCUGUUCGGGGGGAAAACUGGGAUUUCUGCUUAAAAGAAGGCUAAACCGUGACCUGCAAGUGUAGUGUGGAAUAGUUUUUGGGCUACCAGAGGUGUGGAGGAACAGGUCGGCGUACUCAAAGUAACCCCAAAAAAAAAAAAAAACAACAACAGGAGAAAACUUUCUUGUUAACGUAACAGGAGAAGUAGGUGAGUGAUCCUGACCAACUCGCAUCAAUCUCCUCUCAUUCACCAGCUAAAAGGACUGAUCUGUCCCUCCCAGUGUCCCAUCUACCAUCCUCCAUCAUCAUCAAGAAGAUGAAUCAGUCGGUGGCAGUGCAGAUGUCAGUCACACUCAGUUAAAUGUUAGUACUACUUGAGCAGAUAUCGCUCGGCUGGCCGAAGAGGAAAAAGAAGAAAGGGGCUGUUCAAGGUGCUGGAAGAUGUCUCUCUGGAUGAUACUGCCUGUUAGCCUCCCAGUUCUGACCAUCACUGGGAUAUGGGUUGUGUAUGCCAUGGCCCUGUACAACCAGCAUGUCUGCCCUGUGGAUAACUGGUUGUACAACCAGUCAUGUGAAGAGGAGCUGUAUUUGCAGAGUGGGCCAACCUUGUGCUGCACACUAGACAAUGUACCUCUCAUCAGUAAAUGUGGGACUCUUCCCCCUGAGAGCUGCUUCUUCAGCCUUAUCUGCAGCACAGGAUCUUUUAUGGUUAUGGUGAUUGUGCUGCUCCGCUAUGCCCACGUCAUUGAAAAGCACCAAAAUUGUGUUCUCAACACGGCGAGUCUCUCCACAGGCUGGAUCUGUGCCGCUGGACUCAUCAUGGUGGGCAACUUCCAGGUGGAUAAUGCCAAAGUUCUCCACUAUGUCGGAGCAGGCAUUGCCUUCCCAACCAGUAUGCUGUUUGUGUGCCUGCAGUCAGCACUGACUUACCGACUGGCCAAGACCCAGGGGGAGUACAACGUGGCCCACCUCCGGCUCUGCAUGACCCUGCUGGCCUUCGUAGCCUUGGUACUCAGUGGUGUGUUUUUCUGUCAGGAGAGCUUUGUCCUGCAACACGCGUCGGCCAUCUUUGAAUGGGUGUUCUGCGUCAUCAUCAUGCUGUUUUACGGGACAUUUGCCUUUGAGUUUGCCAGCAUGUCAGGAGAUACUAUGGCGGUGCUGGCUAGAGGAGGGGCCCUCGGACCUGCUGGGAGAGCACACAAGGUGGAAGCGCUGGGAGGUCCCGGCUCACACUCGCAGCCACAUCCACACCAACCUGAAAGCAUGUCCAUACUGUAGCCCGCUGGCACAUCUCGAUGCCACCCGGUUGGCUUCUUUAUUCCUUUCAAACUCCAGUUGUCGGAUUGAGUUUAAUUAUGCAUUUCCAGCCAAAUUCGUCUGAAGCUUUGAAAUGAACCAGGCCAUUGCAGUCGCCGUUCACGGCAGAGUGGUUUCUACUAUUUCAACUCCAGGGGUGUAGAUCUACUGCCACAGUGGAGAGCUCCGCCUGUAUUGUCCUCACAUCAGAGCUUGGUGUCUCUAAAGAACUUGUUUGCAUUUUGCACAUGGCACAAGUGUGAAACCAAAUUUUCUCCCAACUCAGUUCUGUCCCCAGCGACCAGGAGAGGAGUAUUUUGUCAAUCAGAUCAAGAAAAUGUACUGUUCCCCCCCAUAACAUGUCUAAGAAAGUGCCAUACCCACUUCAGGUGACUGCCAUGAUGCUUUUAUUGUACGUAAAGGAGGAGUGACGGCUGCUGGACAGCCUAGCUGGCAGUAUUCAAGUAGUCAGACAGAGAGAAGCAGAAAGAGAGAGAGAGAGAGAAGAUGGUGUAUGAGUGUUACAGUGCGAGCAAGGUCAGACCUGAGGCUUGUUUCCACGAGAGAAUAGAUGAAUGCAAUAAAUUCAAGGAAGACUGUCAGAUAGAAGAGUAUAUGAAUGUUUCAAUACAUCCUUGAGAUAGAAGAGGGCAGCGGUCUGGAUUUUUCAUCAUAUAUCAUUUAAACCUGCAUUAAGCAAUAUUUUUGAUAUGUGAAAGAGUUCUUCAUCCAAAAUCAAAUCCCCUGAGAAAUAACACCCUACUCUAAAAAGUUAACGAGUAGAUGGUAAAAAAAACAAGUUGACCAUUUGGCAAGCUGAAGACCAAGCUGUAUGUGUCGGUUGGUUAACCAAGCUUUUAAAGUAAAGUGAAUAUUGGACUCAUAA